AUGAACAAGAUCUUCAUACCAGACGGAGUUAGGACGGCGGAGGCUUUUGUCUCCCACAUACCGCACGCCGCAUAUGGCACCAGCCGAACAGUUCGCCGGAACGGGGAAGGAGAGAGGGAAGCUGCAUUAUCGGGCCCCUUCCAUCCCCGUGUUUUUGGCUGCAUGGACACAUCUUCAAAGACGUGGCUGCCGCAUCAGAGUCAGUUUGGGUUGGGUGGUCAAGUGGAGGUCUGCUGUGGUGGACCUGGAGUUUUAACCCCAAACCAAUCUCGCAGGGCAAGUUUUGCCUCUGUAAGACAGUCGAGCAUGGAGACCCCCCCCAACACGACUCCGCAGCCGUUCAGGCAGCCGAGUUUUCUCAAUCGGAGGUUAAAAGGUUCCAUCAAGAGGGCGAAAAGUCAACCCAAACUGGACCGGACCAGCAGCUUCAGACAGAUGAUCUUGCCCCGGUUUCGUAGUGCUGACCAAGAGAGGACACGCCUGAUGCAAAGCUUCAAAGAAUCCCACUCCCACGAGUCCCUUCUCUCCCCCAGCAGUGCUGCAGAGGCUCUGGACCUAGUUUUGGACGAAGAUGCCGUAAUCAAGCCUGUCCACUCGAGCAUUUUAGGACAAGAGUACUGCUUUGAGGUAACCACUAAUUCAGGGACAAAAUGUUUUGCCUGCCGUUCAGCUUCAGAAAGAGACAAAUGGAUUGAAAAUCUCCAACGAGCGGUCAAACCUAACAAGAACUCCUCGUUCCACUUUCAGGAUAACAGCAGACGGGUGGACAAUGUGCUCAAGUUGUGGAUCAUUGAGGCUCGAGAUCUUCCCGCUAAGAAGCGUUACUAUUGCGAGCUGUGUCUCGACGACAUGCUGUACGCGCGCACCACCAGCAAACCCCGCACCGACACCGUCUUUUGGGGGGAGCAUUUCGAAUUUAACAACUUGCCCACCAUUCGUAGCCUUCGUUUGCACCUCUACAAGGAAACAGACAAAAAGAGACGCAAGGAGAAAAGCACCUAUCUUGGCCUUGUCAGCAUCCCGAUAUCCAGCAUCACGGGCCGGCAGUUCGUGGAGCAGUGGUACCCCGUCAUACAGUCCAGCGUCCUGGCGAAAAGCGGCGGUGUCGGAAGCACCAAGGCGAUCAACGCGUCGCUGCGGGUCAAGUCCCGCUACCAGACCAUGAACAUCCUCCCGAUGGAGCUGUACAAGGAGUUCGCCGAGUACAUCACCAACAACUACCGAACACUGUGUGCCGUCCUGGAGCCGCUGUUGAGCGUGAAGAGCAAAGAGGAGGUGGCGUUUGCCCUCGUGCACAUCCUUCAAAGCACUGGGAAGACAAAGGAGUUCCUGUCCGACAUGGCGAUGUGUGAGGUGGAUCGAUUCAUGGACCGUGAGCACUUGAUCUUUCGGGAAAACACGCUUGCCACAAAGGCUGUGGAAGAGUACCUCAAACUGAUAGGUCACAGAUACCUCAAGGAAGCUAUCGGCGACUUCAUUCGAGCCUUAUACGAGUCGGAGGAGAACUGUGAGGUGGACCCCAUGCGCGUCCCGCCGUCAGUCCUCGCUGACCAUCAGGCCAACCUUCGAAUGUGCUGCGAGCUUUUACUCUGCAAGAUUAUCAACUCCCUCUGCAUAUUCCCCCGAGAGCUGAAAGAGGUGUUUGCCUCGUGGAGGGCCAGGUGUGCGGAGCGCGGUCGGGAGGACCUGGCCGACAGCCUCAUCAGCUCCUCGCUGUUCCUCCGCUUCAUGUGCCCCGCCAUCAUGUCGCCCUCGCUGUUCAACCUGAUGCAGGAGUACCCGGCCGAGCGCACGUCCCGCACGCUCACGCUCAUCGCCAAGGUGAUGCAGAACCUGGCCAGCUUCAGCAAAUUUGGACCAAAGGAGGAGUACAUGUAUUUCAUGAAUGAGUUCCUGGAGAUGGAGUGGGGAUCCAUGCAGCAGUUUUUAUAUGAGAUUUCCAACAUGGAGGCCGGAGGAAAUGCCGGGGGCUUUGAGGGCUACAUCGACCUGGGCAGAGAGCUGUCCACGCUCCACAGCUUACUGUGGGAGGUCAUGGGCCAGCUCAGCAAGGAUGCUAUUCUCAAACUGGGACCGCUGCCACGGCUGCUGAACGACAUCAGCGUGGCCCUGAGGAACCCGCAGCUUCACAUGCCCACCAAUCACCAACCCGACCGUCCAAAAGACCGGCUUUUCACUCGUCCAUCUUUCAACCGUGUCAUGUCUUCUGACUUCCAAAGCCUUAUGAUGCGUGACCUAAACAGUUCAAUAGACAUUUCUCGCCUCCCGUCCCCUACGACCGGAAUCUCAGCUGUGGAAUCCCUCUCAUCCAAUCUAAACAUGAGACGCCAAGCCGAACGAGACCUUCGCUCGUCGAGGGAAGUGUUCUACGUCACCCGCCCACCACUGGCUCGCUCCAGCCCCGCAUACUGCACAAGCAGCUCGGACAUCACAGAGCCCGAUCCAAAGGUCCACAGCGUAAACAAAAGCGUAUCCAUGAUGGACCUUCAGGACUCUCGCAUGAACAGCAUUUCCAACCUGAACUCAGUGGGGGACAUGCUCACCUCCUCUCAAGCUUCCAUCGCCGGGCUGGGACACAGCUUCGGGAACCUCAGCGGGCCGCUGCGCAUGGGGGGCCACCUGCCGCCGGGCUCCUCCGGCUCGGGGCUGAGAAUAAGCCAGAUGGGCCACGUGGGGGGCCCCACCGAAUCCAUCUCCCAGCAACAGCAGCAGGCGGCCGCCGCCAUGCACUUCCCCCUGUCUUUCCAGAACCCGCUAUUCCAUCUGGCCGCCCAGAACUCCCCGGCUCAGUCCCAGGCCCCUCCUCCUCCCCCACCGCCGCUUCUCCUCGCCCCGGAGCCCGAGAACGGCCACCCCGACUACCCGCCGGCGUUCGGAAACAGCGCCUUCUCCCGCAGCGAGGACCUGUCGGCCCUGCGCUCGCAGAGCAGCCUGGUGCAGCCCAGCAUCGUGCACUCCCACAGCUACAGCGACGACUUCACCCGCCACAAUCACAGCAACGACUUCGCCUGGCACCAGCUGUCCCUGCAGGUGCAGGAGUCCCUCCAGCAGCAGCAUCUAAUGGGAGUCACGUCUCAGUCGGGGACCGGCACCGGCACGCCUGCCUCCUUGGCCACGCCCCCGACCACCGUCCACCCCAUCCGCCAGACGUCCAUCGCCCCCCAGCACCUGAAGUCCCAGCGCUCCGUCAACACUCCGGCCACCGCCACCCCGCCCAGGGCCCGGCCGCAGAGCAGGAACCUCCUCCUGGACUCCUCCGAGAUGAGCUUCAGCGGCAGCCAGCCCAAAUCCCGUCAGAAUCAGCAGACGCCGCAUCAUCACCAUCAUCAUCAUCAUCAUCAGCAGCAGAAUCAGCAGCAUCAUCAUCAGCAGCAGCAGCAGCCCCAGCAGCAGCCUCAGCCGGACGCGCAGCAGUCGGUCACUGACAGUCCGGCCCCCGGGCUUCCCUUUCAGACGGGCGCCGCCAAAGAGAACCAGGCCCCGGCGGCCGCCGCCGCCGAGGAGUCCACGGACACGCCCACGAAAAGCACCAAGAAGCCUCCGCAGUCCCAGCUGCAGCCGCCACAGCAGCACCUGCUCAAGCCGGUCCCCAACAAGCAGGGGAACAGCCAGGCCAUGAACGAGCGGACGGUGGCCUGGGUGUCCAACAUGCCCCACCUCUCGGCCGACAUCGAAAGCCUGCGGCCAGACCGCGAGGGCCAGCUGAAGGAGUACUCCAAGAGCAUGGAUGAGUCACGGCUGGAUAGGGUAAAAGAAUACGAAGAGGAAAUUCAUUCCUUGAAGGAGCGUCUGAAGAUGUCCCAUCGCAAGCUAGAGGAAUAUGAGCAGAGGCUUAUGAGCCAGGAGCAGCAGACCAGCAAGAUCCUCCUGCAGUACCAGAGCCGGCUGGAGGACAGCGAGCGCCGCCUGAAGCAGCAGCAAGUGGAGAAGGAUUCUCAAAUCAAAGGCAUCAUCAACAGACUGAUGGCUGUGGAAGAUGAGCUGAGAGGGGGUGCCAUUCCUGAUAUUAAGCCUCGAAUCCUCACAGACCAGGGUUACAGUGGCCACCCGGGAUCCUGACUGCCAGUU